AUGAUGAAAAUAACGAAGGAGAGGAAAAAGUACCGAAUUAGCAACCCUUAUGAUGAGGCGCAGAAGGUAAGCAUUAAGGCCAAAGCGGAGGAGGUGAGGGAACUCAAAAAAAAGCAACCCAAUGGACAACAACAACACAAAGGUGAACAGAACCACCACGAACGAACAAACGCAGCAGAAAGGUUUAUGCAAAUUUAUGAAGAGUACAUAGAGACUAGUGAAGAAAUAGAAAAGUUUAAAAAAGAAAAUGAGGACCUGCAGGAAUCGAAGAAGAAAACUGGGAGCAGGAAAAAAAUAAAAAAAUUAAAUUUGAAGUUGAAGAAAAAUAACCUCAUAGCAAAGUUGGUAAAAAAUAAAGCUAUCAUUAAGGCAGGCAAGACGUUAUUGUCUCUAUCGAAGCAGAGGAGUGAGAAAAAAAUUUUGUUAACUCAGGGGGGGAAAAAUAAAUCCGAGGAGGUGGCUGUCAGGACUAUCCCCCCAGUUCUCGCAAAAGUGCUGCGUGGGGACAAUUCGAAGGGGAAAAACGGAGUGGAGAAGGUAAGCAACAAGGACAGCACUGUCCCAAAUGUAACCCCUCGCAACUGCCUAGGUAGUAGCACGCUGAGCGGUCCUCAUGUGAUGAAGAAAAAAGAAGACGUGCUGAACCAGUACGAAGAUAUAAUUAAGGACAGUGGAUUUAUCCAAAAUCCGCUCGAAUAUGCCAGGAGGGUUAUUGAGCUACGGCAGAAGCAGGGAGGAAAAAAUGCUCCAAAUCAAAAGGGAGCAAAGAAAAAC